AUGGAGGACCAAGGAGUAUGGGAGGAAUUCGAGUCAGUAGAAGGAACAGAGAUUGAUGUCCGACUUGAUAAGAAGGAGAGGUCACAUCUUCUACAAGCACUUCCAGAGGAUCUUCUAAUGCAGGUGGCAAAUAAGAAAACGGCGAAGGAAGUGUGGGAUUGUCUCAAGACGAGGUUCGUCGGUGCAGACCGAGUGAAGAAUGCACGAUUGCAGACAUUGAAGAGUGAGUUUGAUAGGAUGCAUAUGAACGACAGUGAGUCGCUCGAUCAAUAUGAUGGUCAACUCACAUCUAUAUCAGUCAGGUACUCAAGCCUUGGAGAAACACUAAAUGAUAUUGCGAUAGUAAAGAAACUCUUCGACACCGUGCCAGAAAGGUUUAUCAGUGUGGUAGCCGGCAUCGAGCAGUUUUACAACCUCGAGACGUUAACAUUUGAGGAAGCUGUUGGAAGGCUGAAGGUCUUCGAGGAGCGAGGUAGAAUCCAAGAUAGAGGCCAAGGGAGAGGAGGCCGAGGAGCACCGUCUCGAAAAGACAAAGAAGGUGGUUCAGGUGGUCGAGGAGAUCCUCGAGACAAGAGUCACAUUCGUUGUUUUAAUUGCAACGAGAUGGCACAUUACUCAACACAAUGUCGAGAAAAGAAGAACGAGGUAUCACACCUUACCCACGUAGACAACGUCGAACCAGCAUUACUUAUGGCAAUCUCGGAGGAGAUUCCGCCAAUCAAUGUUGUCAUGCUGAAUGAAAUGAAGCUGACUCCAGAAAUUCUAGAAGCUAAGAACGAUGAGACAUCAAGAGAUGCUUGGUUCUUGGACAAUGGCGCUAGCAAUCUGGCGAUAAAGAGAAGUUCUUUGAACUAG